UUGGAUUAGGCCCAAAGCCCAAAGCCCAAGAAAUUUAGAGAAAUAAACCCUAGCCCAUAUUCUACUUGACGUACAAAACCAUAGCGCCUCCUCAUUCUUCACUUGUUUCCAAAGGCCUACGAAAAUGUCGAAGCGAGGGCGUGGAGGAUCCGCCGGGAACAAGUUCAGGAUGUCGCUCGGUCUGCCGGUGGCGGCGACGGUGAAUUGCGCCGACAACACCGGCGCCAAGAACCUCUACAUCAUUUCGGUGAAGGGGAUCAAGGGUCGCCUCAACAGGCUGCCCUCCGCCUGCGUCGGCGACAUGGUUAUGGCGACCGUGAAGAAGGGGAAGCCCGAUCUUCGUAAGAAGGUUAUGCCCGCCGUCAUCGUCCGCCAGCGCAAGCCGUGGCGCCGAAAGGACGGAGUCUUCAUGUACUUCGAAGAUAAUGCUGGGGUUAUUGUGAAUCCUAAGGGUGAAAUGAAAGGUUCAGCCAUCACUGGCCCAAUUGGAAAGGAGUGUGCGGAUCUGUGGCCCAGAAUUGCUAGCGCUGCUAAUGCCAUUGUCUAGAGAUUGUGAGCUUCAGUAAAGACUUAAAUCCUUGUUUGGUUCUUUUUCCUAGUGUUGACUGAUAAAAUAGUUUGGAGGAGAGGAAAUGAAAUAUUUUGAGGGCCAUGAGAUUUUCGAAGGGGUUACAUGUUUUCCAUAUUUGGAUAAUGUUGGCUUUAUGUUAAUGAAGUUCUGUUGUUUUAA